CCUCGGAGGCCGAUCGUCGCCAAAUGGGAGGUGGGGAACCCAAACAGAACCAACCCAGUCGGUCCAAGUCAGUCAGCCACGGCCGCCGAUUUUCUGCUCGCUUCACCAUCUCCGAUCAGCCUUCUUCUCUCCUCUUCUCUCUGAUCUCCUUCGAUCGCUCGCCCAUCACCUUGUCAUCACCAUCAUCAUCAUCACACCUACCACCACCACACCACCACUUCCACCCGACCUGCCCUAUAUCUAGCGACCUUCCUCCCCCCCCGCGAGUUGUCCCCCCCCCACUCCGUGUCUCCACGAAACCAACCAACCCACCGCUCCUCCGGUUCCCAACAGAAUCAGGAACGCGCUAAAGACCUUGCCAGCUUCUUGAGGUCUUCUUACAUCACCAUCCCCUCUCUCGCCCCCUGUAUGGACUGCGGGAGUACUGGAACGGCUGCGGGCAUUGACCCCAAAAUUCUCGAUAACUGGCAAUCGGAUCCAUUCUCUAUAUCUUCUUGGGAACAUCAUACGGAUUACGACCAAUCUCUGGAGUGGGACGCGAGCCCGGACUCGAGCCAGGGCGAUGCGGAUAUCGUGGAUCUGAAUAGUCUCAACGGCCCCCUGUCGCGGGACCCCUCCGCAGUCCCCGUGGUAGGACAGCCGGGGGACUAUCGAGGUAGUGAAAGCAGCAAACAUGCCGCCACCUCGCCCGGAAAGUUCAGCAUCAACGAUGGCCCCAUCGAAGGCACCGUGAGUGGCACCAUCAGCCCGAGGACCUUGCCUUCUUCCGCCGACGAUAACUUCCACCUGGAUGAGUCAUGGCCGCCUUUCCAAUUGUUCAACGCCAUGACGGCGGGCCUCCCCAUGGAGGCCCCCCUCCUUUACCCCUACGCCAAGGAGCCGACCUCCACCAAUACGGUUAUCGUUGAGGAUGCUGGAGACCUGUCGCAGGGCCAAGGCCUGUCCGAUGUUCCCUCGGACCAGUUCCUCUCCUUCCAGAAUCUCCCCCAGGCCUUCCCGUUCUCGCCCGCGGAGCCCUGGACAGCACCGGCUGCCAGCGCGACCGCCGAGCACAUGUCUAACUCCACCCCCGUAUCGCUUUCCAUGGGCCCACAGUCGACGGGCAAGCGUAUCAGCCACAUCCGAGACUACCAGGGGUCGAUUCGGUCCCUGGAUUCUCGCUGGCUCGAUGGCCUCGAGUCCCAACUGCCCUCCAACAUGACGUCCCCUGGAUCCUUGUCUCUCCCCCCGGAUGCGGCUUUCUUCAAGGAGGAGAGACACAACCAAGAGGGCUCGCAGUACAAAUCCGAGAGCUCAUCCGUCUCUGGGGACUUCCCCAGUGUCUACGACCCGUAUUCCACGACCAACGACGAGAUUCCCGCAUUCGCUGAACGCCAAUUGGAAGACGAUGGACUAUGGAAGAGUGCUCAGAAAGACAGCUCACCCCCCGAAACAUCGCAGCCCCUUCAAAAUGCCACUGCUUUCAUGGUCAGCGAAGAUCCGUCGGAGUCUUACUUCGUUCCAGUCUCUUCGCGGCCUAGAGCCUCGUCAUCCGCGCAGAGGGCACCGGCCCGUCCACAAGCUCUCGCAUUGCAAUCGGUGGCUACGGUUAGGAAGCGCAAACAGCGCAAUUCCAGCGUUCACCUGGAUCAGAACCUGCCCAAGCCUCUGCAGAUUGUGCAGGAGGACGGCCAAGGAGGAUCCAUUGCCUCCGCGGAUUUCAUCUCUCCUCCCCGUGGCGCACGCCGCAAGGGGCCCUUGUCUAUGGUCGGUAGGGCGAACGCCGGAUUGCGGAGGAAGAACAAGGAUACGUGUGUUCAGUGUCGACUGAACAAGCGAAAGUGCGAUGGCAACGCCCCGUGUGAUGCUUGCCGCCCUACGCUCCAUGAACAGCCUUGCGCGCGCGCCUGCUUUGCGAACAUUGUCGAGUACGGGACGUGCAAUUAUGUUUCUCAACGAGCCAUCAACCAUCCCACCGUGGAUGGAACUCGACGUGUCCGGAUGGACAUUCCUUUCGAGUUCGACCUCAAUGAUCUGAUCUCGUUCCUCGGCGAGCGGCAAGGUCGAUUCAACAUCCGUGCCAAGCAGUCCUGGGGAUCGCUCUAUGUCCUGGACCUUGGGGAAACCUACAAGUUCCUGCGGGGCCUGAGCGAGUACAAUGGCAACUCAAAGUCCAACUUCCUCGAGUUCAUUGAUCGGCGCAUCGUCGAGUCGAAGGACAAAUCCAAGAACUGGCUCACCUGUGUGAAAGACUGCGAUCCGAUGAACAAUGCCUAUUCUCUGCUUUCGCGAUGGAACAACAUGCCCAGCCGUGCUAGCUACAGCUUUGUACCUCUGCAGUCCGGAGGCCAGGAAAAACCCAUGGACAUCAACAACCCGGAAGACCGACGCGAGAUUCUUCUCGCAGCACAGCUAUCCCGCAUUAUCUGCCGUAUGCUCGAGGUAGAAGGAUUCCGCAAGCUGGAGCGAGACUUCUACAACAUCAAGUGGAAGCAGAUCUCUCAGGAUACUCACAUGCGCUUCCUGAGCGAGCUGGGCCAUAUUCUGUUGACCCUCCGCUGGCGGGUUUCCUGGUGGCGGCGUCUUGGUGACGGCGGUCGCGAACCCGACCCCAGCAAGCAGCACUACGUUGAUCGAGUCGACCUCCUCUGCCGGAUCCUUUACGUCUAUUACACCUGCGUCCUGGCGAAACUGCCUUCGUGGUGCGCGGCCGAUGUCCCGAAAGGCAUCUGGUCCACCUAUGCCGAUGCAGAGAAUCCGGUGUGGGACGACUUCCCUGUUGACCCAACCGACGAUGGAUUCCGGCAAUGGAUCGAUCGCGGCCAGGAGCUGGUCGAGCAGUCCGGUGCGCCGACGUGUGUGGCGAAGAUCUAGGCGCGACCUGGACGAACGAAAAGCGAAAACACCAAAAAGACGGCGGAUUGAAUGAUACUGAAUUUGAGAUACCCUUUGAAGCGACUUUCAUCUCCUAUCUUGCGUUUUAUGAGUGAUGAUCCGUGUUCCUUUCCUGGAUAUAUUUAACCUGUGUAUAUGCUUUUCUCGUACAUAGUGAUUUCGGUUUUAGUUCAGCAUCCCUACUUAGGUAUCAACCUAGAAGGGUAUCGUAUGUUCAUUAAUCAUAUCACCUGUAUAUACCUGAAGCGAAUGAGCCAUUGAAUAACAAAAGAACCCCAAAACC